AUGGAGUGCCGAGCGCCCGCCGAGGCUGCCGGCUCCCCGACAAACCGCCCGCGACAGCAGGGCCGCGCCACAGCGCCGGAGCCCUUGGCGGACGGAGCCGCUACCCCGCUCGCGUCGCCUGAGGUAUGCGGCAUCUGUUUGGAGACCAUCCACUUGGCAGCACGCGGGGGCCAAGAACCUGUGGUUCACCCGGCGUGCUCCCGCCAUUCCCUUCACCUGCAAUGCCUGGCGCAGCUGCGGGCACAGGCUGAUGGGCCACGCGAUGUACGGUGCCCCGUUUGCGCCGCGGUGGGGUGGACGCCGGACAACGAUGCUUGGCUGCAAGCUCGGUGUGCCGCCGCGGGCGUGGCGCAUCCCCAGCGCCUUUCAGGCGAGUCCACGGUUCGUGCUGCAGUCGUAGACUAUGCGCUGCGCACCUUCACUCGCCAGGACGCGCCGGAACCGCGGCCACCGCCAGGCGUCGAGUUGCUUUGCUGCCACCACGUUGCGCCUGUACCUGACCGGAGUGGCUUGCUGCAGUUCGUCGACCUGCCGACUCGAGCCAUGCGCUGGGCCCCCAUCCCCAUACGGCAUGAUGCCGGCAUCGCGGCAUGGCAGCCCAGUUGGAUCUGCCCUCGUUGCGCGGAAUCUUUCGAGCUCGCGGAUCUCGAGGUCCCGAGCGGGGUCGGCGACGAGUGCCGCGAAUGCAACCGCACUGUUCGCUGGGUCUUCGAUCGCCGCACGCAUUCCGGCCGCACAGAGUGCAGCAGGGGCUGCUCAGGCGGCGAGCGCCAGCUGACCAUGGCAGCUCCCAGCGCCCCUGCCCCAGCUCUGCCUACGUCGCCUAUCCCAGGUGCAGCGGCCGCCGUGCCAGCAGCGCCCGCCGAGGCUGCGCAGGCCGCGGCCGCAGAUGCCGCAGCGGUGGGCAUGCAACGUGCAUUGGCCCCGCCACACGUAGACGUAGACCCACGUGCGGCGGGCGCCCCGCGCACGGCCGUCCCCGCUGCUUUUUGGUUCGCGUGUGGCCCGCCUGCCGGCGGCGUCAGCGAUGCCACCAACUCCUGGCUUUACGUCCCGCUCUUGCACGCUGCAGCUACCGAUCUGGCACUCCCGACAUUGGAGGCCUGGCGCGCGGACCCCCGCGCACGGGGCUGGUGGGACGAAGCGCGACAGUUGCUAAUGGCCUCUGAGCCCGUUGCGCCGCAAGACUUGGCUGCCACGUUGCGACGUGCGGCUGAAGCUGCGCCGGCGCAUGCGCACCAUUUCCCUGAUCUCCUUGCGCGGCUUGAACGCGCAUGCUUGCCGGGCGGCGCUCGGGUCCAUGUUGGAUGGGCCGUCCGACAACUUCGCGAGUCAGACGGUUAUCUGCUUGCACCGGUUCAGGAAGCUUUGCUCGAGUGUUUCGGUGGACUGCAGCUCGCGUCCGCGUUGGAUCGCCACUCAGAGCGCUUUCGCUCAGGAACGGGGGGUCAGCUUCCACCAGUAGCGCUCGAGCCCGCUGCUCCCGACACAGGUCCAAACGCAAGGGGGCCACAGCCAAGGCGAGCCGCCGAACUGGCCUCGCCUGCUGGCGGUGACGGCCCAGCCUCCUCAACCAACGAGGCAGCGGUGGAACAGGAAAGGGCUGACCAGGCAGCCAAUUCUGGAAUCGCUGGCGACGAACAUGGGAUGCUGCAGGAGGCCAACUCCGACAUCGAUGCAGCAGGCCCGGGGUCGGGAGAGGCACCGGCGCCCUCAAACACGCGAGUCGGCAGGGCUUCGUGGGAAUGGCUUGACAGCGUUAUCCUACACGAAGAAUUCGCGAUUCCAUUCCAGCCGCUACGCGAUGUCCCCCGCUUCCAGGCACCUGGCGUGCGCCGCGCCUUCACCUUUGCGCUGCGAGCCCUUCUCCGCCCGGCCCCGCAGGCAGGCAUCACGUCGGAAAGGGCUUGGAAGUUGUUUUUGUUGGUGCCCCGUUUGCUGUUGGCGCGCCCGGAUCAAAGUGGUGCCACUGGCAAAGCCGUGCUUCUCCAGCGAAUCACUGACUUCGAGGCCGGUCGCUGGCCUUCUUUGUUGCGCGCUGCGCGCCACGCCAACACGCAACCGCCGCACACCACCGCCGCGCAGCCCGAGCGCACCCGUGAGCGCGCUUGCGCCCAGGUGCGUCGUGGUCAGCUGUCGCGGGCCAGACAAACCUUGACGAGCGCUCCCCUCGCGCCGGGCAACGCGGAGACGCUGCGCCAACUCACCGACCCCUCGAGGCGGCCGCCGGAACCACGCCAACCAUUGCCGCAAGACCUGGCAUCGUUUCGGCCGGCCGAACAGGCCCACGAUCUCCUGCGUCGCCUCGUUCGCGUGCGGUCCCUGCGAGCUCCCCCCGUGCUGCGCGCAGCUGCUACAGCAGGCUGGCAGCGCCGCUGGUGGGGGUUCCUGAGCUGCGCGCAGCAGCGCGCGCUAGCGUCCACGCUGCUGGGCGGCAUCUGGCGCGCACCAGCGCAGCCGGGCGGCGAUGGGCAGCCGACGCUCAGCGAAGUCGUCGAGCUUGCCGAACCGGCGCUGCCCUCUCUGCUGCCGCUGCGCGCCGCGUAG